UUCUGAAAAUCGCACUGGGCGGUAUGCGUUUGUUAUACAGAUAAAUGAGUGCGUGUAGUUGCGAGAAUGAUUGACAGGAGAAGCCUCUUCUGUUGAUAGCAGUGUUAGCACGCCUCACACGGUAACGCUGUGCGGAGUUCUCUACUACAGCUGCAGCAGUGAUAAUUUUCAGUCAGUAUUAUAGAGCUUUGCACGUCUUAGUGCUUCUCGGACAUAUGCACGUUUUCUGUAUGGGAUUACUGUAAUAUUUAGUGACUGUUUAUUGCGUGUGAAACACUACCAAGUACUGUUCUUGUGUCGGACUAGUUCGCCCCCGCGAUGAACGAGACGUCCAAGAACGACACCCCAAUCAACAUGGCGAGUAUGGCCAGCAUCCUGGCUCCCAAUGUGGCCCAGUAUCUACAUCCGGACUACCUGCAGCCACUUCCCACAACGUUGGACGCAAAAAAGAGUCCCCUUGCGCUGUUAGCCCAGACCUGCAGCAGUAUCGGCAAGGACCCGACCCCAUCGAAAUCCAUCAUACCUCCAUUGGAAAAAGAGACUAAGGACGCGGACAAACCGUCCGAGAAAACCGUCUCUAGUGACAACAGAAAAAGCCCAAGCAACGACAGUGGAAACGAAUCCGGUAGGGAGUCAUCGAAAAAGUCUUCCAGUAGUUUCAAAUCUGCGCCACCCAAAGAAAUUCCCCCUCUCGUGCCUAUAUCUAGUGCAGCCACACGGAAGUCUAGUCCUGCACCAGCUCAUGGACAUUCGGAGAAAUCCAGCGAGACGACCACUGUGACCAAUUCGGUUACGCGCCCCGUAGCGUCCACUGGAUCCAGCAAGGAUGGGUCAAGUGGUUACCGUUCGACGAACAGUGUUUCCAAUGAACGCGACCGGGAGUCGGACCGCGAGCGAGAGAGGGACAGGGAGCGCAAUAGAAGCAGAGACAAUUCAUCUGCAGGGAACAAGCCGUCAAAUCGAUCUAGUCCGGACCAUCUCUCAUCAUCCAACAAACACCACAGUCACGCUCAUCCUAGUCUAAAUGGCUUUGGAGUUGGAAUGCAUCACCCGGGUCUGUCCUUAUAUGGAUCCGGACUGGGAUUCGACCCUGCCUCGAUGGGAUCGGCAUAUGCAUCAACUUUAGCCGCUGCUCAUUCUGGGUAUAACCUCAGCGCUUCAGCAGCCGCUGCGUUAGCUGCACAGAAUGCGGCUCUUUCAAAAUCCGGAUAUACACCUGGACUUUCACCUUAUGUUUCAUACGCUCGAGUGAGAACCCCUUCAGGGGCGACAACUCUUGUUCCCGUCUGCCGAGAUCCAUACUGCACCAACUGUCAGCUCACGAUUCAGAACAGUCACGUGAGCUCCACGUGCACAGCGCCCGGAUGUUCACAAUGUGCUCAUGAGAAAUCCCUUCAGAGUUUGUGUGCACUUGGCAUGGCCGGGGUCUCGUCCCUGUCGAUGUUGCCGCAGUUUUCCCUAGCGAAUUCCUUGUCUUCUCUACCACCCGGUCUGUCGUCCUAUCCUGGACUCUCCUCGUCACUCUAUGCACACAGCUUUCUAGGAAGCACGCCCGCUCACAGUCAAGGGACACCCUACGUGUGUAAUUGGGUGUCGGGCACAGACUACUGUGGCAAAAGAUACUCCACAUCCGAGGAAUUAUUGCAACAUCUGAGGACACACACAUCUAGCUCUGAGGCGGCGUCUUCGUUAGCGAGCUACGCCGCCCUCGGGUUGCCACCGCCACUAGGGCUUCCGGGAUUCCCUCACGCACCACUCCCGGCACAUGGCGGAUUGAGCCCCAACUCGCUCCGUCGCGCCUAUCCUAAUAUACCUAGCCCACUGGGGAACGUCUUGAACGGAAGUAGAUAUCACCCUUACAAAUCGCCCCUACCCAGUGUUCCUUCCGGUCUGACCCCAGGGCAGAGUCUUUCCUCACUAGGACCCUAUUACUCCCCUUAUUCCCUGUAUAGCCAGAGAAUUGGGGCCGCCGCUGUACCAUGACUAGAACACUUCAACUUAAAGAGAUAGCAAACACUUAUUGUUUAGCAUGUGGACAGCAGAAUUAUCAAGUGCUAUGUUUAAAAGUCUUAUUUAGACUCUAAAUGGUCUUAUUAAUUAUUAUUACAAGGAUUUCUAUCUAGUUCAUUAUUGUGCAUAUUUUGACAGGAAAGUAUUAUAACGAUGUACCCUUUUACAAGAGUACUAGACAUUUGUAUGCGGUGGAUAAAUAGUUGUUUUAUUUAAUCCAGACACGGACUCUAGAUGUCAAUAUACGCUCCGUGAUCCAGACGGGAAUAACAGGAUACCCGAAAUGUUACAAAACAAUAAAUUGAAGUGUGAAAUGCUGUGUUUGAACUAAAGAUGUUGUUUCAUUUAAAUAGUUGUUCUUUUUUCAAUGCGAAUGUGUUUUUAUAAAUAUUCGUUUUUCGUAUUUAAAAUACUAUGUUGUUGGUUGAUAUUUAAUUUAAUUUAUUAAAAGGCUAAAAAUA